AAACUUUUUGAUAGAGUUUAUCGAAUUUAAAUCAAGCCUUGUUCAUGAUCUACGGAAUUAUUAUCAUGCUUAUGUAUUAAACAAUUACAAAAACACAAUAAAAAAAAAUAAGGUAAAAUAGCAAUAGCUAUGGUAUCGUGAAUUCGCACCUGCUAACAUUCACGCCUGCGUAUAAUAAUUUUAUUCAAAAAAGGGGUUGAAGAAAACUUUCCCUUAUUGAAAAUUCCAAUGCAAAUAUUCCAGUCGGCUAUUCGAUGCGUGUCACAAAACAUCUUCAAUUUCUCCAAAAAAAUCAAACGAGUUUAGAAAAGUUACUAUCUAAUAAUCAUGGGACUUAAUAGAAAAAUUGCUGAUGCAAAUUCGAUUGAUAAAAAGUCAAAUAAAAAACAGCAAAUAAUGGAAACGAGCACAUUAACAACCAGUGGACGACGUUGGACAUCAAGAGUUGUUGAAAACGUCAAUGGUCUGUCUGGUACAAGACUCCCCACUUCAUCAGACCAAAAAGUAAGACGUAUACUUGAAGACGAAACAUGGAAAAAACGAGGUGAUAAAAAUAAUAAAAAUUGUGUUAUUAAAAAUUAUAAUAUUGUAUCAUCAAAAGGUGAAUUAUCACGUGAAUUAAUUGAUGAUUAUAAAAUAAAUAGUGAUUAUAAAAAAUAUAAAAAUUCAGAAUUAUUGUGUGAUAUUAAAAAUGAUUAUUAUAAAAAUAAAAAUGAUAAAAAAAAAUUAAAUAACAUUGAAAUAAAUAAAGAACAAGAUAAAUUAUUAUUAUUAAGAACAAAAAGUGCAAAAGGUAUUACAAAAUCAUCAAGUGUUCCUGCUAAUCUCAAAGAAGGUCCAAGUGUACAAAAAAAAUUACCAAAUGAUGGAAUAUUAAAAAAAUCAUCAGCAUUUUUAGAAAGACUGACUGGAGAUAAAAAAAAUAUAAAUAAAUCAUUGUUUAAAAAAAAUUUAACACACAAACGUAUUAAUAGUGAUACAAUUGGAUUAAAAAAAUCACCAAGUUGUCAAUCACUUGCACCAAAUAGUCAUAGUAAUAAUCGUGUUGGUGUUAAAAAAUCAGUAUCAUUCAGUUCGGACACAGCAUUUGAAGGAAUUAAAUUAAAUUCAUUAAAAAAAAUUGCAGUUCAUGAGGCUAAGGUUUAUCGUAAAGGUGUAUUAAGAGAUUUAAACGAUAUUAAUACAUUAAGAAAACCAAAAGUUAAAGUUGAAGAAGAAAUGUCACUUCUUCGUGCAGCUAAAGAAUCCGAUGAAUUAUCAUUGAAUGAUUUAAUUACGAGAAUGUGUAAAUCAGGUCUUGGAAAAGUUGAUGUCAAUGCCACAGAUUCUAGUGGUCGUAGUGUUAUAAGUUAUAUUGCCGGUAAUGGUGCAUCUGAAAUAUUAGAAACAUUAUUAACAUUUUCUGGUUCAAAUCCAAAUCUUCCAGACAACGAGGGUAACACUCCCCUUCAUUUUGCAGCCCAAGCAGGACAGGUCGAGUGCCUGAAUAUUUUACUACAAAGAAAUAUCGAAAUCGAAUUAGAUGCAAGAAAUAUACAUGGUUUUACUCCUCUCAUGAAAGCAGCAAUUCAAGGACGUACAAAAUGUGCAAAGAUAUUAUUAUUUGCUGGUGCAAAUCCAACGUUGAAAGAUCAUGGUAGAGGUUUACGUGCUGAGCAAUGGGCACGUUAUUGUGGUCGUCAUGCAUGUGCUGAUACAAUUGAAAAAUUUUCACGUCAUCGAUUAAUUGAUAGAACAUCAUGUAGAUGGGGAAGUGAGCCAGAAUUAGCAACAAAAGUACUACAAGGUAAAAUAAUACCAAUACAACAAGUGCCAAUGACAAUACAAGCAAAUGGUAUUAAAUCAAAAUUAAAACGUGUAUUUCGUACAAAUGGUAGUGAUAAAAAUUUUUCAAUUGUAUCACAAUUAACAAGUGCUGCUAUUUGUGCAAGUACACCAGCAUUACCAAAACCUGGUGAUAUUCAACCAAUUGUUAAAAAUUUAAUUCGUCCAUUAAGUGUUCCACAACUUAGAGUAACACUUGUUGCACCAACUGAAAUACUUGAAAAAUCAGAAAUAAUAUUAAAUGAUAAAAUUGAUAAAUCAGUUGUAAAACCUACAAGAAAUAAAAAAAAAACAAAGUAGCGAAAAAAUAGAUCUAUUUUAAUUGAUUGUUGUGGUUUCAAUGACAUUGUUGAUAACAUUGAAAUAAAUUGAUUAAAAAAAAAAAAAAUUAAACAAGUAUUAUCGAGAGAAAAUAAGCAAAAUGAAAGAAAUUUUUUAAAAUCAAUAAUCAUCAUUAAACAUCAGCUUAAAAUGAUGAUAAAAAAUAAAAUAUUUAUAUACUAAAUGUAUAUUUAAAAAUAAUUAUCGUGAAUGUCUAAUUGUUAUAAAAGCUUUGGAAAAUUAUUAUAAAUUAAUAAUAUAUAUAUUUGUAUAUCUACUGAUAGAUAAAAACCUUGAAAAUAAUUAUAAAUUAUUAUUAAUAAUAAUAGAAAUUAAAAUCUAUAAAAUUUUUUAAGAUAAAUCAAUAUCAGUCCAUUUUUUUUUUUUUUGCUAUACACAAUGAAAAGUAAAAAUAUUUAAUAUAUUUUUAUACAAAUAAUUAUAACAAAAAUUAUUAUAUCAAGCACGUCGAUUUUUUUUUGUCCUACGAUUUUUUGUACUUGAAAGUAGCUCAUAAGCACUUUGUAUUUCCAUGAAUUUUUCUUGUGCAAUUUUUUUUUCUUCAUCUGUUCCUUUGACUUUGUCUGGAUGAUAUUCUUUUGAUAAACUACGCCAUUUGGCUGUGACUUCACUUUGCGAUGA